AGUGAGGAGAGCGGUUGGUUCCGGCUCGGACCGGUUGGGGCUGGUUUUGCCCGCGCAAGCGCAGCCUGCUCCGGUGAGAGAGAGAGAGAGAGAGAGAGAGUAGGGAAGGAAGGGCGGGCGAUGGCGGCGGACGGGAGUCCUGGAGCGGGCCUGGCCGGAAUGGUCGAUGAGACGCAAGAGGAACCUCAAGGCACACCUAGCCCGAGCCCGGCAUCUGCCGUGGUCUCCGCCAGCGAAUCAUCCCCUCCGAGAACCGAGCCCUCGGGCCCAGAAACGGAGGCCGAGCGGAGCGCUAGAGCUGUGGGCAGCGGCGGGACGCGGCGGUUCCUCUGCGGCGUCGUAGAAGGAUUUUAUGGAAGGCCUUGGGUUAUGGAACAGAGGAAAGAGCUGUUUAGAAGACUUCAGAAAUGGGGGCUAAAUACAUACCUGUAUGCCCCAAAAGAUGACUACAAGCACAGGAUGUUUUGGCGAGAAAUGUAUUCUGUGGAGGAAGCUGAGCAGCUCAUGACUCUGAUCGCAGCUGCUCGGGAAUAUGAGAUAGAAUUUAUCUAUGCCAUCUCUCCUGGGCUUGACAUUACCUUCUCAAAUCCUAAAGAAGUAUCAACAUUGAAACGCAAGCUGGACCAGGUGUCUCAAUUCGGCUGCAAAUCUUUUGCAUUAUUGUUUGAUGAUAUUGAUCAUAAUAUGUGUGCAGCGGACAAAGAAGUAUUCAGCUCCUUUGCCCAUGCCCAGGUUUCAAUUACAAAUGAAAUCUUCCAGUAUCUAGGAGAGCCAGAAACAUUCCUGUUCUGUCCCACAGAAUACUGUGGCACUUUUUGCUAUCCAAAUGUUGCUCAGUCUCCUUAUUUACGAACAGUAGGAGAAAAGCUGUUACCAGGGAUUGAUGUGCUCUGGACGGGUCCCAAAGUGGUAUCUAAAGAAAUUCCUGUAGAGUCCAUUGAAGAGGUUUCAAAGAUAAUUCGCAGAGCUCCUGUCAUCUGGGACAACAUUCAUGCUAAUGAUUAUGAUCAGAAAAGACUGUUUCUUGGGCCAUAUAAAGGUCGAUCAACAGAACUCAUCCCACGCUUAAAGGGAGUCCUGACAAAUCCAAACUGUGAAUUUGAGGCCAACUUCGUUGCUAUUCAUACUCUGGCAACCUGGUACAAAUCCAACAUGAAUGGAGUGAGGAAAGAUGUUGUGAUGACUGACACUGAAGACAGUACAGUUUCAAUCCAGAUUAAACUAGAGAAUGAAGGGAGUGAUGAAGAUAUUGAAACAGAUGUUCUCUAUAGCCCACAGAUGGCCUUGAAGUUGUCACUAACAGAGUGGCUACAGGAAUUUGCAGUACCUCAUCAGUACAGCAGUAGGCAAGUGGCCCAUAGUGGGGCAAAAACAAACGUUGUGGAUGUUCCUUUGGUUGCACCAUCGUCUUUAAAUUCUACUACCGUGGUUACCACAGUUUAUCAAGAGCCAAUAAUGAGUCAAGGAGGAGCAAUGAGCAAUGAAUCACAGGCCCUGGUCAAAGAGGAGGAGGAGAAGAAGCAGUUGGAUGAAGAGCCAAUGGACAUGGUGGUGGAAAAGCAAGAGGAUGCUGACAAGAAUAUCAGUCAAAUACUGACUGACAUUGUUGAAGCAAAAAUGUCAGAGGAGUUAAAGCCAAUGGAUACUGAUAAAGAGAGCAUAACUGAAUCAAAAUCUCCAGAAAUGUCAAUGCAAGAUGAUUGUGGUAGUGACAUUGCACCUAUGCAGACAGAUGAGCAAACUAACAAGGAGCAGUUUGUGCCUGGUCCUCAUGAAAAGCCAUUAUAUUCAGUAGAGCCAGUUACUCUGGAAGAUCUGCAGUUACUUGCAGACUUAUUCUACCUCCCAUAUGAACAUGGGCCCAAAGGGGCACAAAUGUUACGAGAAUUCCAGUGGCUCAGAGCAAAUAGCAGUGUUGUCAGUGUGAAUUGCAAAGGAAAGGAUUCUGAAAAGAUUGAAGAAUGGCGUGCUCGUGCGGCCAAGUUUGAAGAAAUGUGUAGCAUGGUGAUGGGAAUGUUCACUCGUCUUUCCAACUGUGCCAAUCGGACAAUCCUCUAUGAUAUGUACUCCUAUGUCUGGGACAUCAAGAGCAUCAUGUCAAUGGUGAAAUCCUUUGUGCAGUGGCUAGGGUGUCGUAGUCAAUCUUCAGCACAGUUCUUAAGUGGAGACCAAGAACCCUGGGCCUUUAGAGGUGGUCUAGCAGGAGAGUUCCAGCGUUUGCUGCCUAUUGAAGGAGCAAAUGACCUCUUUUUUCAGCCACCUCCUUUGACUCCUACUUCCAAAGUGUACACCAUCAGGCCCUAUUUCCCUAAGGAUGAGGCAUCUGUCUACAAAAUCUGCAGAGAAAUGUAUGAUGAUGAAACUGACCAGCCUUUCCAUAGUCAGCCAGACCUAAUUGGAGACAAGCUGGUUGGUGGGUUACUUUCCCUCAGCCCAGAUUACUGCUUUGUUUUGGAAGAUGAAGAUGGUAUCUGUGGUUAUGCGCUGGGCACUGUUGAUGUAACUCCUUUCAUUAAGAAAUGCAAAAUUGCCUGGAUUCCCUUCAUGCAAGAGAAAUACACUAAGCCAAGCAGUGACAAAGAGUUAUCGGAAGCAGAGAAAAUAAUGCUGAGCUUCCAUGAGGAACAAGAAGUUCUGCCAGAAACAUUCCUUGCCAAUUUCCCAUCACUGAUAAAGAUUGACAUCCAUAAAAAGGUGACUGAUCCAAGUGUGGCUAAAAGCAUGAUGGCCUGCCUUCUAUCCUCCCUCAAGGCAAAUGGCUCCCGUGGGGCUUUUUGUGAAGUCAGACCAGAUGAUAAAAGAAUCUUGGAAUUUUACAGCAAGUUGGGAUGCUUUGAAAUUGCUAAAAUGGAGGGAUUUCCAAAGGAUGUUGUUAUCCUUGGAAGGAGCCUAUAAGGAGUGUCUCAGUGAACUUUUGAUAUUGUAAUCACCUAACUGUUGGAGAGUGGUGAGCCUGAGGUUUAUCUUAUUGUCUGUCCAUGCAAAGGCAGCAGUCAGCUGGCCUGACAGGAAUUAUAAGAAAAUCCAUCCGUUACCCUCUCUGAGAUGCUGCUGAAAAUACUGUUUAGAUCACUGAUACUGGUCAUCCUCAUUUCCUGGUCCCAGCAAAGUGCCAAGGAAUAUGGCAUAUGAUGUAGCCUCAGGAGGAGGUUUCAUGUGAAUGAAUUCCCAAGGAUAUACUGGUGGCAGUUACAUGUCUCCAUAUCUGUAUGCAACAGAAUGGCUGUUUUCUCUAUCCCCCUGUGUCAUGAUGUGGGAUUUCUCCUUUUACAGAGGAAAACAAGCUGAGUAGAGAAAGCCGAACACUUGACAACUCCAGCCUUCGAGAAUACAACUCCAGGGUUUGUUGGCUGUUUUGCUUACUGGUAGGGAGGGGAAUUGCCAUAAUGUCUAAAGAAUAUUGGUUAAGCUUUGUGCUUUGUAGGGAUAAACUGUGCAUUUGUCUGUGGCAAAGUCACACAGUGACAGAAGUGUAAAUUUAAGUGUGUAAAUAUAUAUAAACUCGCUGUAUGCUGACACUUUGUGUUUAAUUGUUUUGUAAUUAUUUUGCUUUCCAAAGCAAAGUGGUAUUGUUCUGAGACAGCACUUUUGAAUAAUGUCUAACCGCAGAGGGACUAAAGCCAACUUCACUACUGGCCUUUUCUUCUGUGCCUCAUGUAUUUCACUAGAAAUGCUUGUUUGGAAAAGGAAGAGUGCUGAUCUGGAAGGGUCAUUCCUUUAUAGGAUGAAUUCUCAAAAGGUGAAAUAGACACUGAAUUCUGUUUUCUCCUGCUGGGGAAAAACUGGUCAGAAGACAAUCCAGUGAGAAGGUUACUGCUGUUGACAGCCAGUCAAUUGCCUGUCCACACUGGUGGGUGGAAGGAGGGAACACUGACUUGCAGCUCCCCAGUCUCCCCAUGUUCAGUCAGUUGAAUUAAAUCAGGGUCUCCCAAGUCAUGCACGUUUGUGGAUAGACUUUUCAUGAACAAAAUAAGCAUAUUUUACUCAUAAUUUUAAGUAGUCACCUUAUUUUAGUGUUAUUACUGCCUGUUCCGAACAUUUACAUUUUUUACAGAAAGCUAAAAAAUGAAAGCUGCAUGACUAGAAAAUGUAGUUGGGAGGAAGAUGUGUUGAUUAGUAAGAGUUAUUGCAGUUCUUUUGAUGCCUUUUUCUCACAAGGCAAUCUGCCUAGAUCACACAUUUGGUUCAUUUUUCUGCAAUCAAUUGUAUCUAACUUCCUUUAAAAAUUACUACUUGUGAGAAAGAUUUGAACCAAGUUGAUCUUCUUUCUGUAAACCCCCUAUGUAUCUGUAGACUUGAAGUUUUAGUAUGCUUUUUCAAAUGGCAAUAUUUUGUCAAUAUAGUUUGCUGCCUCCAUUGAGAAGCUGACAGUUCGCCUCGGUUAUAGUUACACUCACAGGCAUUUGAUUUUCACUAUGUGAACAGUUUUAAUAGCAAAGUAUUUAAACUGCAGCAAGUACAUUUCACUUGGGGAGCAGACUAUGAUUGUAGGUCCUACAUAAUUCCAAUAUGGUUUUCACUAAUUUUCUGUGGCUUUGAGUGUAUGAAUAGCAGCUGGCCAUAUGGUUUAGGUUUAAUGGAAUGUCAGGAAAAAUAAAAAUAUGAUAUGGAUUUUAAGGCAUUAUGUAGUUGGGGGGAGGGAGCAUCUUGAUUUUUAUACUGUUAACAUAAACUCAAAUGUAUCACUGUUUUAAGUUAGCUAUGUGAUAGUUUUGAAAAUCUGGAUCUGUCCCUCGCUCAGGCUGCAAAGCGAUUUAUUGACACAGCUUUCAAGGUUAUCAGUUUUCAUUGCAUACUGAUUGGAAUGCCACUUUCAUGACUGUCUUUAGACCUACUGUAUCUAUAGCAGAACAAUGGACUAUGUAAAAUUGUAUUUUGAGACCAUGUGAGAAAUAGAAUAAAUUGCAAAAGUGAAUGUAAAAGACAUGUCUCUGUAUAAUGUUGCAGAAAGAGUGGGCACAAAAGCAUACUGUUCUUCAUGCAGUGCUUUAAAACCCUCUACUAUUCUGUGGCAGAGGUCGAUAGUUCAUAAUGGUCUCAGCUUGGCCAUAUAGCAUAGCAAAUCUGCCUCUGAACUGCUUCCUUUAAAUAUACUGUUCUCUGUUUAUCUUAAGAAAUUGUGGGGAAGGUCCAUAAGCUUAUCUUCAACAUUGAGAAAUGUCAGCUUAUAUUUAGGAAUUAUUAGUAAUAAGAAUGAUGAUGAAAUAAACAUUUUGUCCACUAACACUCCUAUGAACCUGAAAUGGUGGUCCUUUACCACAGCUUGUAAAGACGUCUGACAAUAGCUAAUAGUUUUGAAGACUAUGCGAAGAGGAUAAGGGAGCUACAUCGGGUGAUGUGGCUUAUUGAAGUCCUUUUGAUUUCAUGCCAGUUGACUUUGCAGACUUUCAGACACUGGGAGCCCACAGACAUUUGCUUUGCUUAAAAAAACAAAACAAAAGGAAAAACAACUUUCUAUAAGGUAAUUUAGUUUGCAUUUUAUUCCCUCCUUUCAUUUAUGGGAGCUGUGGGAUGGGAGGAGGAAGCUGUAGAUUAUAAAAAAAUUGCUGCUGGCAUCAUAGCAGCAGCUAUAUUUAGUAAUUGAAGUCUUCCUCCCAUCUUGCAGCUCCCAUGGUUUCCACAGUAUGAAAGGGACCAUGGGGUCAGCAGGACCAAAGUAGGAAGUGUUUAGUUUCUAAAAAUCACCUCCUUUUGAUAUCAUCAGCAUUCUACAAGUGCUGACAGGAUUUCAGCCAGUAUUUUAAUGUGGGAGUAAUAGUAUACACAGACUUUCAUGCUCACACUGAGAAAUGUGUGGCACAUGUGUCAAAGCAGUAAAAUGAUUUUUUCUUCAAGUUUUAAGGGCUCUUUGAUAUAAGGGUUUUUUUUUCAAAGUGUGUUUCAAAGUGAUAAACAGCAUGGUGAACACAUUAGCUCCUCUGUUGCAUUGUUCAAUACAAGUAGUCCAUUGUGGUGCAGUAACUGAUCGCUGUGCUGACAAGAGUAAUUUAGGAGCUUUUCCAGUUGAGAGGCCUUUGUUUGCCUGUUGAUAUGAUUUGCUCCCUGUUAUAGAGAACUAACUCUCACAUAGAACACAUCUGACAGGAAGGUUGCUGUGAUCCCAUUUCACCUCCUCACCUUCGUAAGGUGGUGGACACUCAGUCCACCUCAUUUUCCCUCCAGCCCCACAGGUUUAAAUUAGAGACUAUUAUAUAUCGAAGACUUUUCCUGGAUGUCA